AUGCAUUUGAGCACCAUCCCUACCCAGAGGAGAUUAUCAUCCACUUCACUAGGUCGGGUACACAUUCUUGGGCUCGGGAGCAUCGGAACUUUUGUUGCGCAUUCAAUCUCUGAAAUCCCCAACGGGCCGUCGGCGGUCCUCCUCCUGCAUCGGAAAUCUCUUCUCGACCAAUAUCGCCAGAAUGGGAAUCAGAUACUUUUCGAGUCACGACACGGAGCCCAUCAAAGCUCCACCGGCUAUGGCCUUGAGAUGACCCAGGACAACCAAUGGUACCCUGUCUCAGACGAAUCGCCGACGGAUUGCCCCGUCACAAGCCAGAUAUCCGACCUUAUCGUAUGUGUCAAAGCGACGCAGACCGUGUCCGCGUUGCGGCCACUCUCACAUCGGCUGAACUCUAGAUCCAGCAUCCUCUUUCUUCAAAAUGGCUCCGGUAUGAUUGAAGAAGUCAAUACACAUCUUUUCCAAGACCCGUCAACGCGACCAAACUACCUUAUUGGCGUUAUCUCGCAUGGCGUCACACUGAACAAUCCUUUCAAUAUCACGCAUACCGGAUUUUCGGCGACAUCUAUCGGCCCUGUUCCCCGGGACGAUGUAAGGUACACGGCCGACUCGCGAUCCAACUAUCUUUUGCAAACGCUGCCCAAAUCACCGACGCUUAACCUGAAAUCGUACCCUUACACCGACAUAUUGCAAGUGCAACUCGAGAAACUCGCAGUCAAUGCCUUUUGCAACCCGCUGUGCGCGCUGAACGACGCCAAAAAUGAGUUUCUGUUCAGUGUACCGGACACACGACGGGCUAUCCUGACUGAGAUCUCGAAUGUAGUGCUUUCGUUGCCUGAGCUGAAAGGCGUGCAAGGGUUGGAUGAACGGUUUUCAGUUGCGAGGCUGGAGAAAACAGUCAAUGACAUUAUUACCAAGACCGCGAAUACGACAUGCUCAAUGGUAUGGGAUGUCCGCGCCGGACGGGAGACAGAGAUUCAGUUUAUCAAUGGAUGCUGGAGUCGGAUGGGAAGAAUGGUUGGAGUCGACACACCUGUAAAUGAUGCUCUGGUCGAGCAGAUUAAGAUGAGGGGCCGAGGAAAUUUUAAGAAGAGCGAACAAUAG